UUAUCUGUCAUUAUUGUAAUAAAACUCAACGAUUCCCGUCCCACCAUGCGAUACGAAGACGACGUGGACGAAGACGAGAAUGAAGAUGAACAAGAGGAAGAAGAAGAUGAGGAGGACCAAUACGAAGAUGUCGAUAAAGAAAGAGAAAUGCGUAGCAAGAGCGAAAGCCGUUCGGUCAUGUCCCAGUCUCUAAACACCCUCGCCAGCGAAAAAAGCAAAACCAACGCCGUUUCCGUCCUUCUAAGAGGUCUAAUAACCUGCGCGCUAUCAGAAUGCAUGGACGAAUUAAGCAUUUUGCGCAGCAUCAACAUCCAAAACGACCCUGGACCGGAUUUUUCACAAUUCACUUACUACCAGAGCAUGGAAGAUCGGUACAUGGGCCAGGAGGACCACGCACAAAUCCGUAUCGGUUGUGCGAACAGUAAUUUCGACAAACUGGCCAAGGAUAUCGCUCUGUUUUACGGCAUCAUUCGAGACGCUUGUAAAGAAUUCAACAAGUUUGGUACUCUAGACAAAAUUUCGACUUGCGUCCACAUAUUGAAACGUAUGAAACAGGAAGAAGACCAGUUGCUACAAGACGAAGAAAACCAAGAGAAGAUUAUCGAUGACAUCAAAACGCACUGUGAAGAAGAACGACUUAAUAACACAAAAACUAUAGAAGACACAAAUUCAAACAUACAGAAACUUAGGUUUGAAUCUGAGGACAUUUACUUGUACGGGCAAAGAGAGGUGGCGUUCUUCGUGCAGUGGGAAGCAGCCAGGCGUGAACAAAAUCAAAUGAAGUGCCAGGAAAAAGAAGAUACUCAUUCUUCCUUCAUAAAGAACACCAAAGAGAGAAUGGAGACCGAGAAUCGAUGCCACGCCGAAUUCGUUAGGUACCUCGAAGAGAGCAAGAACGACUGCUUGGACGGUAUCCAGUUCUGGAUGAAGCAGUACGACGAGGAUUUCGACAAGCUGGACGGGGACAUCAUCAAACUCUCCACCAAUCUAGAUAAGAUCAAGGACGAUAGGAGGUUUCUGGAGGAUAAGUACAACGCUCGCCAGGCGGAGAUUGACGACUUCUUGGAGUACAAAAGGAUUCAGGAGGAGAAAGACAGACAGGUACAGAAGGAGUACGAUGCGGGGCUGAAGAUACAGGCCUGGUGGAGAGGAGUGAUGGUGAGGAAGAGGUUGGGACCUUACAGGAAGAAGAAGAGAGGAAAAGGAAAGGGGAAGGAUAAAGAUAAAAAGUCUAAGAAAAAGUAAAGAUUCGGGUUGAAGUGUUAUAAGUAGUGUAAAUUGAUUCUCUAGAUUGUUAAAAUACUAUUUUGUUGAUAGUAUUUCAAAAUAAAUC